AUGUCGAAAAAUAGAACCGGAAUCUACGCCGCUCUCGCCGUUGCAGGCGCAGGAGGCUACUACCUCUACCGCGCGGGCGGCGAUCCCAAUGCCGCGAAGGAGGCCAUCAAGCACGACGCCGACCGAGCCCGUAACCAAUCCCCCGCCGUGAAUGACGCCCAACGAGUAGGCGAACAGGCCAGUGCGGAUGCGCAGGCUCAGCUCCAAGACGCGGUUAUUCUCCCCAAAAACGCGGCUGUCAACAAGGCACAGGGCAUUCAAUCCCAGGCCUCCGGGCUGGCGCACGACGGCGUCAACAAGCUGGACGAGUACCGACAAGACGCCUCGUCGAAGGUGCGUUCGAAUGUCGACAAGUUCGAUAACGCGGUCGAGGAGAAGGCUGCCGAGGCAAAGGGGACGUUGUCGGGGUGGUUUGGAAGUGGGAAGAAAUAG